ACUUCUUGAUGGACUACGUCAUGACGACUGUGGGAAUCGAGAGGUCUUUCAAGAGCAUCUCUCGUUACAGUAUAUAUACCCUAGAUCACCCCUGCCUCGCCCUUGCCAUCCAGCUUCACAACCACAAGCAGUCCUCGGCCUUCACAUAUCUCACACUCGCACUCCCACAACAACGCAACCAUGGUCUUCCUUCAAUCCACCGGCGAGCCCACCAUCAAGGAGAACGCUCACAUCAAGCCGGACAUCUAUCCCAACCGUGCUGUCUAUGGCUCAAACUACAGCAGGAACCCCAUUCCGAGAUACUCGAUGCCCGAGGACGAAAUGCCCCCUUCUACCGCUUACCAGUUCAUUAAGGAUGAAUUGGCGCUCGACGGGAACCCCAUCUUGAACUUGGCGACGUUUGUGACCACUUAUAUGGAGCCCGAGGCUGAUAAAUUGAUUGCUGAGAAUAUUUCGAAGAACUUCAUUGACGCGGAGGAAUACCCCAUGUCCGCCGAACUGCAAAACCGGUGCGUGAACAUGAUCGCGCGCUUAUUCAACGCGCCCGUCGGCAAAGGCGCAAACGCCCUCGGUGUCUCGACCAUCGGGUCCAGCGAGGCCAUCAUGUUGUCCACGCUCGCCAUGAAGAGGAGGUGGCAGCAGAGACGCAAGGCGGAGGGAAAGUCGACUGAUAAGCCGAACUUGGUUAUGGGGGCUAAUGUGCAAGUUUGCUGGGAGAAGGCUGUGCGGUAUAUGGAGAUCGAGGCCCGCUACGUGAACUGCGACGAGGAGCAUCUCUUCCUCAACCCAGAGAAAGCAAUCGGACUCGUCGACGAGAACACGAUCGGUGUCUGCGCCAUCCUCGGCUCAACGUACACCGGUCACUAUGAGGACGCCGAAAAGAUGAAUGAGCUGCUUCUGAAGUUGAAGAAAGAAAAGGGCCUCGACGUCCCCAUGCACAUCGACGCAGCCAGUGGAGGCUUUGUCGCCCCCUUCGUCGCCGAGGAUCUGAAAUGGGACUUCAGACUCGAGACCGUCGUGUCCAUCAACGUAUCCGGCCACAAGUACGGACUCUGCUACGCCGGUAUCGGAUGGGCGCUGUGGAGGUCUCCCGAAUACCUCCCCGACGACCUGGUCUUCCACAUCAACUACUUGGGCGCCGACCAAGCCUCCUUCACCCUCAACUUCUCCAAAGGCGCCUCCCCGGUGAUCUCACAAUACUACGUGCUAAUCCGGCAAGGAAAAGCCGGGUUCCGCGCCAUCAUGGAGAACCUCUACAUCAACACCAACUACCUCGCCGACGAAUUGGAGGCUACGGGACGGUUUAAGAUUUUGAGCGCGAGGGAUCCGAAGAAAGGGUUGCCGCUGGUGGCGUUUUCGUUGAAGAAGAAUGGGGGGCAUCAUUUCAAUGAGACGGAUAUCAGUCAUGUCUUGAGGCAGAGGGGGUGGAUUAUUCCUGCUUACACCAUGGCUCCCGACGCCCAGAAGAUUUCCCUCCUCCGCGUCGUCCUCCGCGAAGACUUCUCCCGCAACCGCUGCGACCUCCUCGUCGCCGACCUCAAAGCCACCGUCGAGUACCUCGACAAGCAGGACAAGCAGUGGAUCCAGAAUCACCGUGACAGUCGGGGCCAGUGGCACUCGCUGUUCAAGAAGCUGCCGAAGCAUGUCGUGGAGAAUAAAGCGGAGAAAGAUUCCGGGAAGGUGUGCUAGGGACACUGUCGGACGGUUGGUGGAAAGAUUCGGCGUAGCCUAGGUAGCUUUUUUCCAUCUUUUCAAUAGGUGCACUCACUUUUUUUUUUGCAUACGUUUGGAAACUGAUACUUGAAUAUACGAACUGUUCGUAUCGUAUCGUAUCGUAUAUGUGUUCGUUGUGAAUCAUGGUUUGCCCAUGGUGAACGUGAAUUUGAAGAGAGGAUAUGAUGGUAAAGACGAUAUACUUGGCGCG